AUGUCCUCCUACCAUCCCCCUACCCAAACCUACCAGUCUCACGCCGCUCCUCCCCGGCCUAUACAGACCUUCAACCCGGUUGCGGCUGUCACUGCUCCAGCAGGCACCUUCCUACCGGGGACCAAGGUUCAGGUCGGCAGCCAUCGAGUUGUGGUUGAGAAAUACCUCUCGGAGGGUGGUUUUGCCCAUGUCUACGUCGUGCGACUUUCCCAGCCCAUCGAUGGCUCCGAUAGAGCAGUCUUGAAGCGGGUUGCGGUCCCCGAUAAGGCUGCAUUGGCGAAUAUGCGGACGGAGGUCGAGACGAUGAAGAAACUGAAAGGUCACCGACACAUCGUCAAGUACAUCGAUUCCCAUGCGUCCCAGCUGAGAGGGGGUGGGUACGAGGUGUUUUUGCUGAUGGAGUUUUGCUCCGGGGGAGGUCUGAUUGAUUUUAUGAACACACGCUUGCAGAACCGGCUGACAGAGCCGGAAAUCAUCAAGAUCUUUUCGGAUGUGGCGGAGGGGGUGGCCUGCAUGCACUAUCUCAAGCCCCCUUUGCUGCACCGCGAUCUCAAGGUCGAGAAUGUCCUCAUCUCCUUCCAGGGAAAUACCCCUCUGUAUAAACUCUGCGACUUUGGCUCUGCAGCUCCACCUCGCCCGGCUGCGACUUCGGCUGCUGAGGGUCGUUUGAUUGAGGAUGAUGUUCAACGACACACGACGCUGCAGUAUCGAAGCCCCGAGAUGAUUGAUGUCUACCGCAAACAGCCGAUCGACGAGAAGAGUGAUAUCUGGGCGCUAGGAGUUCUGUUAUACAAGCUGUGCUAUUACACUACGCCGUUCGAAGAGGUCGGCCAAAUGGCCAUUCUGAAUGCGACCUACAAGUUCCAUUCAUAUCCUCCAUUCUCGGAUCGUCUGAAAGCGCUCAUCGCGUGGAUGCUGAAGGAGAAUCCCCAGAAGCGCCCUACUAUCUAUGAGGUAGUGCGCGAAGUAUGCAGCAUGCAAGGAAAGGAAGUUCCUAUUCGCGAUAUAUAUGCCAGUCGCUCUGUUUCGGAAGCUCGUCGUUAUCAGGAACUUCCCCCUUCCCCGGUGGAAGCACCUCAGGUGGGAGCGGUGUUCUCCCCGCCUGUCCAGGAAACCCAAAUUAUUCCCGAAAUCGCACCGAUGCGUCGAGGACGUCCGACCAGACCGGAUCAUUCUCAGCACAACUCGGCGAAAGCAAGCCCGUCUCCCUUCCGCGGUGGUUCUUCCACAGACCCCUUUGCUGCUCUGGACGGCAGUGGCCACAAGUCGCGAAACUCCAUCGAGGAGUUUUCGAAUCGCUUCCCGUCGCUUGAUCAGUUCCAGAUUUUGAAUGAGGACAAGGACAAGUUCGACUUUGAGCCGACCGUCCCAGAGAAGAAGUCGGAGGACGAAGAUCUUGCGCGGAGACUCACAAAUGCUCUUGCGGACGACGCCUUUGCGAAGCGGCCCUCGCCGCAGAAUGAAGAACGAUCGGCCAGCCAGCGACCUCAGACGUCUUCGGUGGAAUCAAAGCCUAUCGAGCCGCCGCGACAUGUUCAAGAGCAACCGUCGCAGCAGGCUCCAUUGUACCAACCUGUUCCCCAGCGACCCACCAUGGUGUCGACCGGGACAAUGACCUCGCCUCCAACCACGCCAGGGAUUGCAGAGACGAAACCAUCCAGCCGUAAUAUUUACAGGUUUCCUUCGUCCGAUCAUCACCGCCAGCCGGCCAAUCCGUCUUUGUUGGCUGAGGCGGAUCAAAAGUCUGUGAGACCCAACAAGGCGCCCUCGCCUCCAACUUCAUCGACGAAACUGGAGCCACAUCCCAAGACCUCCUUCGACAAGUUGUCCUCGCUGUCAUCUGCAUCGUCACGGCCCUCGUUGGACGGGGUGCGACCGAAUCUGGACGCCGGUGGUCCCAUGGGCCGGUCCAAGUCGGCCAACGGCAAGGUGCGCCCGGUCUCUGUCCAUACCGGAUCCAGGCUCGAGUUCUCGCGGGGAUCUGAGAGCGCUCGGUCAUCUCUGGACCUGAGCAGACCGAUGUACGACGGCGGCGCGCCGCUGCAGCACGCACGCACGGACAUAGACAUGUCCGAACGGGCCAAUAUCUCGUCGGAUGUGGACUUCUUGCGUGCCAGAGAAGAGGAACUGAACCGGAAGCGUGAGAAGCGGUACAGUGGUAGCCACAAGCACAGUAAGCGCACGAGUCUUUCCACGCUGUCCCUUUCCGGCACCAAGACGUUAUUUGCCGGUCGGUUUGGCGACGCUUUCCGCCGCUUCGAGCAGAGCAAUCCGGACAAAUCGCCGUCUUCCACCGCGGAGGAAGAAGCGAAGCCAUUGCCCUCUGUGACAACAUCGGAAGUGCCCGACUAUGCGGCGGAAUUGAGUGGCGAUGAGAGCAACGAGGAUAUAUCCCCGGAGAUGCGGCGCGAGCUCGAGCGCCGGCGGCUUUCGCAGGAGGAGAAGCGAGUGGCGGCGGCAGCGGCCGAGUACCGGCGCCGGGUUGCGGAACAAGGAGAGGGAGGGGCCCGAGUGGUGGGAACUGACGGGCCCAGGUCGUCGGCGAUUAAAAACAGGGUGCAGACACUGCUCGGGCAGAGCAACAAGCCUCCACCUCAGAAAACGGCGACGGGCUAUGGGCGGUACACAGACGAGUCGAGUGCUGCUGCUUUGCAGGCGAAGCAGACGGAGGGCCGACCGGUGUCGCGGCCAGGCACACGGGGCGGAGCCACGUACUCGGCUCAAGAACAGCCGUCUGGAAGACCGGCGAGCGCUUCCAGGCAGGAGACAGCACGCACGGGAUCGCGGCCGACGGCGCCUCCCAAGCCGAAAGGGCUUCGUGUGGGUGGGCCGGACAUGGGUCGGUCCUCCGGGGAGGAGCGCAGCCCGACGGCGCAGGCGACACCGAGCAGCCCGGGUGAAGACUGGGAGGCCAGCUUCAGUCGACGGUUUCCCAGUCUGUCUGGACUGGAGAUGGUCGAAACGGAGAUUGAGAUACCGAAGUUUGCUGGUCUGAGGACCAAGGAGGUAUAA